GAUUUUGGUUAUGAUAAAGAUUUUGACAUGAGAUAUACAAUUGGCAAAUUGCUGGGUCAUGGUCAAUUUGGUUAUACAUAUGUUGCUAUUGAUAAGGCUAAUGGAGAUCGAGUUGCUGUCAAGAAAAUUGAGAAAAACAAGUUGAAGAUUCUGAGAAGAUCUUAUAAAGGGGUUUUUGCUUCUUAUAGAUAAGUUCUCUAAUUUGCGUUUAAAAUCAUGGUAGACCCAACCUUUUCCCUUCUGUUUCGAAAAUCCCCCCGCCCCCCUUUUUUUUCUUCAUCUUUUAAGUGCUUCAGAAACUGUUGCAUCGGGGAAUUCGCUUCGCAUAAUGUUCGUUGACUUGUUGGAUCCUAGUUUUGCAACCUAGGGAUGUUAUUAUGUUAGGUGCUAGGACAAACAGUAUGCAAUUAUUGCAAGUUUGGUUUUGGUGAAUACAUAGCAUUGUUUUGCUAAGGAUGAUUCGCCUAUCAGAUAGUGAAAUUCUGGUCUUCUCCAAUAUUGGUUGAAGAGUGCAGGUUUGAGAAUAUUGCAUUAGAUUGUGAAUCACUUGUUUUUUAUCAUUCAGAAUCUUCUUUUUUCCUAUCGAAGAAAGCAGAAAAGUACGUUAGUGGAUAAGAAUGUUCUUACUGCUUCAUAUCCUUCACAUAAAGUUAUUUUAUCUAUGCUUUUCAAAUGGAAAGCUUCAAUUGUGUUCUUUGGUAGCUUUAUUCCAUUCAAUCAUCUUAAUUUUCCUCUUCCAAAUUACUAGAUGAGCAGUAAUGUUUCGUUUCCUUCUCCAGUUAGAUAAAAUGGAAUUUUUAGCCAUUAGCAAUUCAGAUGGUUCUUCCUAUUGCGGUAGAGGAUGUUAAACGGGAGGUCAAGAUAUUGCGAGAACUCACAGGCCACGAGAACGUAGUUCAGUUUUAUAAUGCAUUAGAGGAUGAUUCUUAUGUAUAUAUUGUUAUGGAGUUAUGUGAAGGUGGAGAAUUGCUAGAUCGGAUAUUGUCAAAGAAGGACAGUCGUUACACUGAGAAAGAUGCAGCAGUAGUUGUGCGACAGAUGCUCAAAGUUGCAGCUGAAUGUCAUUUACAUGGCUUGGUGCACCGCGACAUGAAGCCUGAGAAUUUUCUUUUCAAGUCAACCAAGGGGGACUCACCUCUGAAAGCGACAGAUUUUGGUUUGUCUGACUUCAUAAAACCAGGCAGGAAGUUUCAAGAUAUUGUUGGCAGUGCCUACUACGUUGCACCUGAAGUAUUAAAACGCAAGUCUGGACCUGAAUCAGAUGUCUGGAGUAUUGGUGUGAUCACAUACAUUUUGCUAUGUGGGAGGCGUCCAUUUUGGGAUAAGACUGAGGAUGGUAUAUUUAAGGAGGUUUUAAAGAACAAGCCUGAUUUUCGCCGUAAACCAUGGCCUACCAUUAGCACUAGUGCAAAAGAUUUCGUGAAUAAGUUACUGGUGAAGGAUCCUCGGGCAAGACUUACUGCUGCUCAAGCUCUAUCACACCCAUGGGUCAGAGAAGGAGGAGUUGCAUCUGAGAUUCCUAUUGACAUAUCUGUCCUGAGUAACAUGCGACAAUUUGUGAAGUACAGUCGUUUGAAGCAGUUUGCUCUAAGGGCAUUGGCAAGCACGAUUGAUGAAGAGGAACUAGCUGAUCUUAAGGAUCAAUUUGAUGCCAUUGAUGUGGAUAAAAAUGGUGCUAUUAGUCUUGAAGAAAUGAGACAGGCCCUUGCUAAAGAUCUUCCUUGGAAAUUGAAAGAAUCACGUGUCUUGGAAAUUGUUCAAGCGAUUGACAGUAACACAGAUGGACUAGUGGAUUUCACCGAGUUUGUUGCAGCUGCUCUGCAUGUCCAUCAGUUGCAGGAACACAACUCUGAGAAGUGGCAGCUGCGGUCACAGGCGGCUUUUGAGAAAUUUGAUAUUGACAGAGACGGAUAUAUAACUCCUGAAGAACUUAGAAUGCAUACGGGCUUGAGAGGUUCUAUUGACCCACUUCUUGAGGAGGCUGACAUUGACAAGGAUGGUAAAAUAAGCCUUUCAGAAUUCCGUAGACUUCUAAGAACUGCUAGCAUGAGCUCGCGAAAUGUGCCAAGCCCAUCUGGCCAUCGUAAAUCUCAUAAAAUAUAGAUAAGAAUUGGAGUUUUAAAGACUGAGACUAGCGAGCAAGCUAGAAAAGUGGAUCUCCUAUUCGCGGAAGCUGCCCUUCUAGAUUAUAUCACGCCAAUUUCUCAAUAACCAUCCCACCUGCCACAUCUCUUUCUGAAACUCAAGUCUUCAAUGGUAGAAUUCCUCGUAUAACUCGUGUAUAUUAAAAGAUGUAGUGCGUUGAACAGAGAGAGAGGUUUUGGUUAUGGAGUUGGAACUUUUCCCGGAGGAUGGCUCCAUGGACGUUAUACUAGUCUACAUUCUUUUGUGAGUGCGGGGGUCCUCCUUGCGGGUGCCCUCUUCAAAUUGUAACGUGCAAUGCAAGUAUCAAUGAAAGGUUGGUGUUUGGGAGUUCA